UUGAAGGUGGAUGUGAGAUAUAUAAUAAAAUGUCUGUACUAAAUUCGUAAAUUACGAAACAUAUUUUAUUAUUAUAAAAAAAAAAAGUUAAUCAAAUUUGAUAAUCAUAUAAUUUUCAAUUCUACAAUCAAAAUUGCAAUGGGAGAUUCAAAUCAAACAAAACGUCAACUCACCAGGCAAUUGCGUGAAAGAAAACAGCGAAAAACGUAUUUAGAUGAUUGGGCAUUAAACGAUGAAGAAGAAAUCGAAGGUAGUCGCGCGUUUUCGUUACAAGAUAAAUUGGAGAGUCCUCGAUUUGCUACAAAUUCAUUAGUAAAGGAGAUGCAUGGUACUGAAUUAACGCUUGCAUACAUACAACGUUAUGGAUUUAAUACGCCACUAUUGUUUCGUGAGACGACUGGUUUAGGUUUGCGCGUUCCCUCACCAGAUUUUACCGUGAAUGAUGUGCGCAUGUGUGUUGGAUCACGACGAGUACUUGAUGUUAUGGAUGUGAAUACACAGAAGAAUUUUGAGAUGACUAUGAAGGAGUGGCAAUCGUAUUAUGAGAGUCCUCAUAAAGAUCGAUUGUUGAAUGUUAUUUCGUUAGAAUUUUCACAUACAAAAUUGGAAAGUUACAUACAAACACCAACAAUUGUUCGUCAAGUUGAUUGGGUUGAUGUUGUAUGGCCGCGUCAUUUAAAAGAAGCGCAAACAGAAGCCACAAAUCGACUUGACGAUAUGAUGUAUCCAAAAGUUCAAAAGUAUUGUUUGAUGUCAGUAAAAGGUUGCUAUACCGAUUUUCAUGUUGAUUUUGGCGGGACUUCUGUAUGGUAUCAUAUUUUACGGGGUACUAAAGUCUUCUGGUUAAUCCCGCCAACAAAUUUAAAUUUAAAAUUAUAUGAACAAUGGGUUUUGUCGGGGAAACAGACUGAUGUAUUUUUUGGUGAUACUGUUGAGAAAUGUAGUCGGGUUGUUUUACAUCAAGGGAACACUUUUUUCAUACCGACCGGUUGGAUUCAUGCUGUUUAUACUCCACGUGAUUCGUUAGUUUUCGGUGGGAAUUUUUUACAUUCGUAUGGUAUUGAAAAACAAUUACAAAUCGCUCAAGUUGAGGAUGCUACAAAAGUACCACAAAAAUUCCGAUAUCCAUAUUUUACGGAAAUGUUGUGGUAUGUGCUAGAACGUUAUGUUCAUUCGUUGUUAAAUCGAUCUCAUUUAGUUGGAAGUCCGGAUACGGAUAUUAAACCGGAUAUCGAUGGAUUACAUGUCCAUCUAACGAAACAAGAAUUACAUGGUCUCAAAGAAAUUGUGAUGUAUCUACAUGGUUUGCCUUAUAAUAGAAAAAACGUACCUGAAUUAAUCAAAGAUCCAAUUGCGUUAAUUACGGAUGUUAGGACUUUGGUUGGACUUCAUAGGAACGAUAAAUGGGAAUUGGCUAUCACAGGAUUACCAAUUCUUAAACCUCCUGAUGAUAGAAAUUCACCUCGAAUACCCUUACAAAGAAAUUACGUGAAUCGUACUACAACAUCAACAAUUCAAACACCAUCACCCGUUAAAAAGGAGACACCAAGUACUGUCAGUACCACUAACACCAGCAGCAAUCAAAAUAACAAUGGUGGACCAAGAAGACGACGUACUCGAUGUAAAAAAUGUGAAGCAUGUCAACGGAAUGAUUGUGGUGAAUGUAGUUUUUGUUUGGACAUGGUGAAAUUUGGUGGACCUGGCCGUGCAAAACAAACAUGUAACAUGAGACAAUGUUUACAACCGAUGUUACCGGUAACAGCCGCUUGCAAGCAUUGCGGUUUAGAUGGUUGGGGCCAAACUCCUGUUGUGCCAUUACAAAAGGGAACACCAGGUGCUCGAAAUGAUGAACCCAGCUCAUUGAUGGAGUGUUCGGUUUGUUAUGAAAUUGCGCAUACAGCAUGUGUACAACGGUUAUGUCCUGGAAUUUCUGGUGUUGUUAAUGAAGAUAUGCCUAAUAGUUGGGAAUGUCCGCCUUGUUGUAAAGCUGGAAAAAAUACAGAUUAUAAGCCAAGACAUUUUCGAGCACGACAAAAGUCAUCCGAUAUACGAAGAAUGUCAGUUAGUUCUGAUGCCAGUAUGCUGGUCGAAAUGGAAUCAGAUGGUGAAAGUGUUUCAGUACUAAAUAAUUCAACGGUAACACCAAUAGUAGCCCCUGCGCCACCACCACCACCAAACGAUCAAAAGCCUCCUCCACCAAUAAAUAACACACCAAUAUCUUCACCACCAGUAAAAAGACGACGUAGCGAGGAAGUUGUCCAACAAGAAAUGCCAGCAAAACAAGCAGCUCGAGCGCAGUUAGCACAUCAACUAGUAGCAAAUUCAACAAAAAAUCUACGCAAACCAAUGUAUGUCGUUCGUCCAGCUCCAAUUCAUCAUAACAACUCCAAUAACAACGGCCAUUUAAUACUUGAUCGGCGUGUUUUAAUCCCUGUUUUUAAAUAUUUAACACCCGCUCAAUUAUUUACUUGUUCAUUAGUUUGCAAAACAUGGUCGAAGUUAACAAUUGAACCAGAGCUAUGGAAGAAAAUGGAUUUUGAGGGUCCAAUACGACCAACGGCUGCCAUGUUACGUGGUAUUGCUCGGCGUCAACCACAAAAACUAAUAUUAAACUGGACGCAAACGGUUAAACGACAGCUUGCAUGGCUAUUAAGUCAUUUGCCCGGUUUACGUGAGUUACAUUUACAAGGGAUCAACGUGCAAACAGCAUUGGCUCUACGGACUUGUUUAUGUCCACCAUUACAUGUGUUAAAUUUAAGCCAUGUAUCAGGUUUAAACGAUGGUGCUUUACGUGAUAUUUUAAGCCCACCAUCUGAUUCACGACCUGGAUUAACAGAUAGUUCGUCGAAAUUAAAACAACUUAAAAAAUUAGAUUUAUCCGGUACAGAUAUAUCAGACGUUGCGCUACGCUAUGUAGCGCAAUAUUUACCACAAGUAUCCGAAUUAAUAUUAUCAUCAUGUGCUCGUGUCUCAGAUGCCGGCGUUGCACAAUUAAGUUCAAUAAACACGCUAACAAAUUUAGAUUUAAGUUGUUGUAAAUUAAUAACCGAGGUUAGUUUAGAUCAUUUAACAAAAUGUGCAAAUUUAACACGAUUAGAUUUACGACAAAUACCACAAGUUACAACACAAGCGGUUAUUAAAUUUGCCGCUAAAUCGCCGCAUAAUUUAACCGUACAUGAUGUGAAAUUAGUUGAUAAAAGACAAAAUAUUAAUAAAUUGUUAUCAAAUUCCACAACAUCGUCAAUCGUCAACAGUAAACCGUGAUA